AUGCCCAAAUCGACGCCAUCCCUUCCUCUUGAACUGGAGCGCGAAAUCGCGUGGGUCACCGCAUUCAGCUACCCAUGGAUGCUUCCAACUCUUAUGUUAACCGCUCGUCGCUUUUCUAAGUGGCUCGAGCCUCUACUCUACCAUGUCGUGCCUGUUGACCACUCGCCUGCAGCCUAUGCGUUUAUGCGGGCCGCUGAAUCUAAGCCGCCGACUUUCCUCAGGCAUGCGGUCCGCCAUGUCUACCUCGACAGCUGCUGGGAGGAAGCACACGUAGCUAAAGCACUGAAAAUGUGCACCGGCGUCCAAGACUUGGCUGUAACUGCGAAUUACACCGAAACACCGCUCUUGUCCAUUCUAUGUGGAAUGCAGCUUCGGCGGUUCUCGGGUUUCCUCGUUUCGGUGUUUGGUAGCCCCCAAAGCAUUAAUGUUCAUCAUUCGCUUUUGGGAAGGUUGACCCAUCUGGACCUCUACGACGAUCCAAUACCCACAGAGCUCUUUCGACUUUUGCCUGCCCUCCCCUCACUCACGCAUCUUGCGUUGAACCACUCUGUCCAUCUUUCGGUUCUCCGAUAUCUCCUGGAGUCAGUUCCGGCACUUGUUGUUCUUAUCGUCCUGUGGGACAUCGACUUGCGCGACUCAGCUGUUGAAUACGGCGUGGACUUGUUGAAGCAUGCCCCAACAGUGCUUAACGAGCCCAGAUUUGUUAUGAUCGUGUACAAUGAUACAAGGUCUGAAUGGGAAGCUGGAGCAUGGGGUGGUGACAAUUUUUGGGUUCGUGCUGAACGGUGGUCUAAGAAGAGAAGGAAUGGGGAAAUGAAUCCAGAGGCGUGUUUGUGUCUCGAUAUAUGA